AUGCCUCCAUCUGCGGGUGGUACCGAAGACAGUAAAACCUUGGUGAGGAAGGUAUUGAGGGAAGUUCUGGUGGGUCGAGAGGAUCCAGAGGGGUUCUUCGCGGUGUGUGUGUCCGCCCUGGGGCACCAGGAGACCCGGGCACAGUUUUUGUCCAUUAUCCAGCCCCUCUCCACGGCCAACAUCUCUCUGCACUCCGUCCUCACCUCCAUCUACAGAGAGUAUUUCUCGAAGGUUAGUGAUUGUUGCACAGAGUUGUAAUGUCUUUGCAAAGUGAUACAAACUGAAAACACAGGUUAAAAAUCUUAUGUCAAAGAAAUUGUUUCUAGUAGAAAGUUCUGUCUCUUUGACAAUAGUAAAUAUCAUAACUAUACACAAUCAAGAGUCUUCAAAAAGAAUCAGGGGAAAUAAGUUUUUGUUAAAUACCUAAAUGUAAAGUAGAUCUGCUGUUUCUGAUUUACCUCCUGUAUGUUGCAUCAAGCCGAGCAGACGUUAAUGUAGCAGUCCAUGUAGCCUAGCUUAACUAAAGAGUGAAAAUGUUCACCAACGUGGGACUUUUUUCCCACCAAGAACAUAAACAAAGGCAAAGAUAUGUCAACGAAACAUUUUUAAACCAGUAAUUAAAACGUCAGUAGUUAAAACUGACAUUUUUGUGCACUUUUAUCCGCAAGCUCCUGAGUAAAACCGACUCUAACGCCACCCACAGUCACCCCCUUAGCUGCUGUCAAAUACCAGUAUGUCAGGUGCUGGCUUUGCGUGGUUUUGUAAGGGUCAGUUUGUAACAUGUGGUUUUAGCUUUUUAUGUUACCAUCGAAGUUUAACAUGAGUCCAAAAAUACAAUUUUAAAUAUGCUUAGAUAUAAGAACUUUCUGGAUCAAAAAGUAAAGUAAGAGGCCUACAUGACUAAUUAUUUUUGCCAAAUAAAAAUUGUAUGAAGCUAAUGUAAAGACGUAGCACUUGUUAGGCUCUAUCAUAUUCUUCAAACAAAACCUCAGAUAAGAAAUAAACGUACCUCAGAACUUUUUUUUUCUCUAAUAAAUUCCAAGCCUGGAGUUUAGUCUUAUCAAAUAGGGGAGAGUGGGGUAAGUUGAGCCAAAGGGUAAGUUGAGCCACCCCCUGUUGCUUGGUACUUGUAAAAUAAACUGAUCAUGUGACCAUCAAUUCAUGGAGUCUGUGAAGGUUAGAAGCACAUGGGAGAAGAGGUUAGACAUUUAUUUACAAAAAAAAAAAAAAAAAAACUUUUGAAAGUGAAUUGAGUCUGUCAAAAGUUUUAUUAAAAUUUUCUUCACACCAAAAUAGAUCAUUUUAAAUGUGUUUUAUACAUCAAAUGUGGUAUCUAUGAGCUGCAAUAUCAGGUGAAAUACCUAACAUAAAAGACAGUUAUGUUUACACUCAUUCUGUUGGUUUGCAGAGAUGCACAACAUCUUGAAAUAUAUGCAGAUACACUAGUUAGAGACAAAACUAUGAUUGCCUUGAUGUAGUGAUCCAAAAUAUGAAAAAUGGCUCAUCUUACCCCACUCUCCACUACUAUCCUAAUGCAAAUUUUCACUUGAAAUGUUUUUGUCCCUACCUUAAUUAUAAGUAGUUAUUUUAAAGUAACUCUUUUUUAUUGAUGGGUUGUUCUUUUAAUUUUACAGACUGAAGAUGAUGAUUUGGAAGUUGCACUGGCUCUUUCUUUGCUAGAAGUAAAAGACAAUGAGAUUUCAACCUCAAGCCAAGAGUCCCAACUCCAUCAACCUCAUGCUGGAAAGAACCAGAGAAGCUCUACUCAACUGAUGUCAGCAUCUCAGUCUCUGAGGUGUAACAACACUCAGCUUGCAGAUAAAGUUGGACCAAGAGAAACCACCAACUUGCCACAGACUGGGGCAUGGGUCAAGCCUUUAGAACCAAAGACUACCAGCGAGAUUAAGCAAGCAGCAAAUACAGCUUUAAGUGCCUCCAAACCUCCUGGUUCAUUUCCUAAGCAUAAGUUAGUUGGAGAGGGUGACCAAAUAUUGCACAAAGGAGAUUUGAACCAAUCAGAGAAACCAAAAUGCUCUAAGAACAGGCGACAACGACGUAAAGGUGCUUGCCAACAUGUUGUAGGUUUGCCAGUUUCUCCUUCUGCACCACCGCCAGUACUGCUGUGGUUCAGGAGGGACUUGAGACUUUGUGACAACCCUGCUCUCAAUGGCUCAUUGGAGGUUGGUGCGCCUGUCAUUCCUGUCUUCAUCUGGAGUCCUGAAGAAGAAGAGGGAUCAGGGAUUACAGUGGCUGUAGGGGGAGCAUGUAAGUUGGUAGAAGAGUCUCAUAUUUUAGCCGCAGUUGUGGCUCUGCUUGUCUUAGCUCUCAUACAGCAGUAAAGGUUGUGAUUUUGGUCCUCACUGCUGUCCACCUUCAUCUUUUUUUUCUAACAGGUAAAUACUGGCUUCAUCAAGCUUUGUCUUGUUUCUCUUCUUCUUUGGAGCGGAUUGGCAGUCAUCUUGUCUUUCUCAAAGCAAAGAGAGAAGGAGACAAGGUUGGAUCAUCACUGCAAAGCCUGAAGGAGCUAGUAAAGGAAACAGGGGCAAGAACAGUUCUUGCUAAUGCUCUGUAUGAGCCCUGGCUGAAGGAGAGGGAUGAUCACGUGGCAUCAGCUCUUCAGAAAGAUGGUGUUGAGUUCAGGAUGUUUCACUCGUACUGUCUCAGGGACCCCUAUUCUGUCAGCACUGAAGGUGUUGGGCUCAGAGGUUAGUCACAACAAGAGGAACUUGGUGGGUUAGGUUGCUGAAAAUCAAGUGCCAGAUCAUCAAUUAAUGAUCAAAAAUUAGUGUUUCACCCUCGUACCUUUCUUGUUACAGGAAUAGGUUCAGUGUCUCACUUUAUGAGCUGCUGCAAACAGAACCCCGGAUCUGCUUUAGGUGUUCCUCUAGACCCUCCUGGAUCUCUUCCCACACCUGUCCACUGGCCUAAAGGUGUGCCUUUGAAUGAGCUAGACCUUGCACGCAUGCCCCACAGGAAAGAUGGGACCACGGUUAGUAGCUAAAGCAGGAGAGAGUCAAAUAUAUGGUUAGGAUGAGAUCAUUGAGUCCUCAGUGCAUUCUUUUUUUCUAUGCAUUUCACCAAACAGAUUGACUGGGCAGCCAACAUUCGUGCAUCUUGGGAUUUCAGUGAAGAAGGAGCACAUUCACGACUCGAGGCCUUUCUUCAUGAUGGUAAGACAUCAUUAACAUGACUCACUUGUUGGUUGAGGGAAUGGCAUGAAGGAAAGUUUUGAUCUGACUGUGGUUCAUGAUUCCCGCAUUUUUCAUAGGUGUGUAUAGAUAUGAAAAAGAGUCAGGCAGGGCAGAUGCUCCAAACACCAGCUGUCUAUCUCCAUACCUUCACUUUGGUCAGCUCAGCCCACGCUGGUUAUUGUGGGAUGCCAAAGGAGCACGCUGUCGACCUCCAAAGUUCCAACGCAAACUGGCAUGGAGAGAUUUGGCUUACUGGCAGUUAACGUUGUUUCCUGACCUACCUUGGGAAUCCCUCAGACCUCCGUACAAGGUAGAGCUGAUAAAGCUGAACUACUCUUCACUUACCUCAUCACGAAAGACAAUAUACAGGUCUUUGUUGGUCACAAAACAACAUUCUUCCACUGGUUUUUGUAGGCUUUGCGGUGGAGCAGUGACCGUGGCCACCUCAAGGCGUGGCAGCGAGGUAGGACUGGUUACCCUCUGGUGGAUGCAGCCAUGAGACAGCUCUGGCUAACAGGCUGGAUGAACAACUACAUGAGACACGUGGUGGCAUCCUUUCUCAUUGCUUAUCUGUACCUGCCUUGGCAAGAAGGUUACCGCUGGUUCCAGGUGAGACUUAUACAAAUUAAAGUUUGUUGACGUACACAGCUACACACAGAUUUACAAGUACACACUGUUUUUAUCGUGUUUAGGACACGCUGGUGGAUGCAGAUGUUGCCAUAGAUGCCAUGAUGUGGCAGAAUGGGGGCAUGUGUGGUCUGGAUCACUGGAACUUCGUCAUGCACCCUGUUGAUGCAGCGAUGACCUGUGACCCAAAAGGCACCUAUGUGAGGAAAUGGUGCCCUGAGCUUGCAGAUCUGCCUGACGAGCUUAUUCACAAACCCUGGAAAUGUCCUGCAUCCAUGCUACGGCGUGCUGGUGAGAACCUCAUCCUUGUGUUAAUAGAUGUUUGCUACAUAAUUAAAAAUCUGUUGUUUUAAAACUGGCCAGGCACAGUUUCAGGUCCACACAAAAAAACAAUCUCCUUUUACCCUCUCGUUCUUCUUUAGGUGUGGUCUUUGGUCAGACGUACCCCGAGCGAAUAGUCACAGACCUGGAGGAGCGCAGGAAUCAUUCUCUGCAAGAUGUAGCUCUUGUGCGGAGACAGUUUGGUCAGUAUGUGGACAAGCGCUCUGGCUGUGACUUGGUCCCUCUUCCCCCACGUCUGGUCUCUGAAGCUCUGGGCUUAUCGCACAGGGAUGGAGGUGCGGUGAGGGAGGGAAAGCAGUUCCUUUUGCCUGUUAUCACCCGCAUGGAAUUCAAACACCAGCUAGAAGAUCCAGAUGGAGAUGCUGCCUCAAAUCCCUACAAUGCUGUCUUAAAAGGUUAUGUGAGCCGCAAGAGGGACGAAACCAUCGCCUUUCUUAACGAGAGAGACUUCACUGCCAGUGUGAUGUAUGAGGGAGCCCAGAGAAGAGAAAGGCUGGAGAGUGAUUAUCGCAGAAUGGAGGGACUUCCUCGGCCUCCUGCACCCAGGGGCAGAGCCAGGAGAACUCCAACAGCCAAGGACAGGUUUUCUAUAGUACCUGGUGGGGCAGUGACUUCACUCAGCUAA